UUUUUAGCUCUCAACACAUAAACACAAUCGCUACUCUUCUCCCAAGAUCGAUCAGAGUCUCUCCUUCUCUGUUGCGUGGAAGAAAGAAAAGACGAUGAACAUCUUCCAAAGCCGUAAAUUCUCAGGCCUAUGCGUUCUCUCAAUCUUGCUCGUAUCAGUCACGAUCCUCCUCUUAACCAACGACACCAUCGAUCUCUUCCCUUACUUGUCUCUCUCUUACCUCCGUCGCUCUUCGCUCUCCGACGUCCCCACCUUCACACCAACCUCUAGUCCCACCACCGUGGACAGCCCUCCACCCCCUCCGGAACCACCGGUCUCUCAGACCCCCGUCGUCGACGAUGAUGAACCGGUUGAUCAAGAUUUGGAAAUGGAUUGGGUUAAAGACAAGACUAGUUUGAAGGUGGAGUGGAAGAGAUGCGAGAGUCCAGAUUACAUGCCGUGUUUGGAUAACGUGAAAGCCAUCAAGAAACUCAAGUCUAAGAGGAACAUGGAGCACAGAGAGAGGCACUGUCCUGUGCUUGCACCUAGAUGCCUCGUUCCUUUGCCAAAACGCUACAAGGUUCCUUUGCCUUGGCCUAAGAGCAGAGACAUGAUAUGGUAUGAUAAUGCGCCUCACCCCAAGCUUGUAGACUACAAGAAAGACCAGAACUGGAUUCGUAAAACCGGACCUUUCUUUGUCUUCCCUGGAGGUGGAACUCAGUUCAAAGACGGUGUGAUUCACUACAUCAACUACAUACAAAAGACGUUACCUGUUCUUGAAUGGGGAAAGAAAGUAAGAGUGGUUCUCGACGUUGGUUGCGGUGUGGCUAGCUUUGGUGGGACGUUACUAGACAAAAACGUGAUCACAAUGUCCUUUGCUCCUAAAGACGAACACGAAGCUCAGAUUCAGUUUGCAUUAGAACGUGGAAUCCCCGCUACACUAGCUGUUAUUGGAACUCAAAAGCUUCCAUUUCCUGAUAAUGCUUACGAUGUUAUCCACUGCGCAAGAUGCAGAGUCCAUUGGCACGGAUACGGUGGUAGACCGCUUUUGGAACUUAACCGGAUUCUAAGGCCUGGAGGGUUCUUUGUUUGGUCAGCUACACCGGUUUAUCAACACGAUGAAGGGCACCGUAACGUUUGGAAAACUAUGGAGUCUUUGACUACAUCAAUGUGUUGGAAAGUUGUGGCGAGGACCCGUUUCACAAAAGUUGGGUUUGUGAUUUACCAGAAACCAGACUCGGAUUCUUGUUAUGGAGCCCGUAAGAACAAUGAACCUCCUCUUUGUAAUGAAGAAGACACAAAGAAGAACAGUUCAUGGUACACUCCUCUGCUUAGCUGUGUACCGAAAGUACCGGUCGGUUUAUCCGGAAAGUGGCCUUCCCAAUGGCCUGGAAGGUUAGCCGAUAGGCCGGUUACAGAGCAGAUCAGUGAAGAGAGUUUCAGAGAAGACACAAGACUCUGGUCUGAAACCGUGUCAGAUAUCUACUUAAACGGUUUAGCUAUAAACUGGACCAAGAUUCAUAACGUGAUGGACAUGAAUGCUGGUUAUGGAGGAUUUGCAGCUGCUCUUAUAAACAAACCUCUAUGGGUGAUGAAUGUGGUUCCUGUACAAGGUGAAGACACAUUAUCAAUGAUUUUCGACAGAGGGCUGAUAGGGAUUUACCAUGAAUGGUGUGAGUCUUUCAACACGUACCCUAGAUCAUAUGAUCUCUUGCACUCUAGUUUCCUUCUCACCAAUCUUUCUCAAAGGUGUGAUUUGGUGGAAGUGGUAGUGGAAAUAGAUAGAAUAGUGAGACCAGGAGGAUACCUUGUGGUGCAAGACACCGUUGAAAUGAUGAAGAAGCUUAACCCUAUUCUUUUAUCUCUACGGUGGUCAACGAAUGUGUACAAAGGCAAGUUCCUUGUUGGGUUGAAGUCAUCGUGGCGUCCAUAAGCACAAAACAUUCAUCCUCUAUAUAAGGAUUCAAGGAACUAUGAUUAGAAGUUGUUCAGGGAUUUUUUGUGUACGGAUUUUUUCUGAUUUUUGGAAAAGUAUAGGGAAUCAAAUUGACUCGAAACAAUUUUGAUAAUGUUCUACAUAUAAUACUUCAAUAGAAUUUCAAAAUGAAUCUUAUUUCAUUCA